GAGGGGCGUCGUCUGGCGAGGCGUCGCUAGUCCGCGGAGAGGGGCGAGUGCCCGCUCAGCCUCGGCGCCGGGGGCAGCGCUUGGGCUCCCCGAGGGCGGGCGGCGGCUCCGUCGGUUCCACGUCGGGCCUCGGCGGGUUCCGUCUCUCCGCGUGAGGGGGAGGGGCGGGCGAGCGAGCGACGGUUGCUCUGCCUCGCCGGGCCCCGCCGCCGCCGCCUCCAUGCGGAGCGCCCUCCCGGAGUAGCCGCCCGUUGGGAGAAUGGGGCGGCGGCCCCGGCUCCUCCUCUGCGCUCUCCUGGGCUUCCUCCUCCCGGGACCCCCAGCCGAGAGUGUGCAUCAUACUUAUGAAAAUUUUAAACUUAUGCAGAUAGCCGUGCAUCCAACUAUGACUGUGCAGAUUUCAUCAGAGGGACCAGGCAAUCUUAAAGCCCAGGAAGCUCCCAGUUCAAUUGAAGUGGAAGCAACAAAUGAAGAAGAGAAGACUUUGAAUAAUCUUGUGGGCCUUUUGCAAGAUAUGGUGAAAAAUAUUCCAACAGAGCAGGCACAAACCCCACAACCAACAGAACAAGCACGUAUCAUGGUAUCCAACAUAGAGCCGUCUCCAUCUGAGACAGUUGACACUGUUUGGGUAAACAUGAAGCCAAAGAUGGAUGGAAUCGAGCCAUCACAAACAGUUGCCAUGACCAGGACUGUUACCCCUACCACUACGACAGCGUUUUGGAAACUCCGAAGUGACUCAAGUGCAUCCGUUGUUUUACAUACUGAUAAAGCUAUUUCAGAAAAAAAUACUCCAGAAAAUCUCGAAAUUGAGACAAGUGCUUCUAUUGUCUUGUUUUCUGAUAAAACGACUCCAGAAAAAUCACUGGUCAGUGUGUCACUUUUGAUGGAAACGGAUACUACCAAGCAAAAAGCUAAGACUUUUGAUCAGCUAACAAAUGGAGCCUUGGCAAGUCUGGUGGAGUCUCUAAAGAAUGUAAAAAAAUUACAUGUGACACUACAUAAUGGCAGCAACACACCACAACAGGAAAGAAAUGAUGAAAAAGCUGUGGAGCCACACCAGCAGAAGCCUGUAAGUGCAGACAUCUUGGAUUUGAUUGAUACACUAAUCAAAACCGUAAAGAAUGCACCUUCCUCAGUUAAAGAAGAUCCAGCUCUCCAUAUCUAUAUUGAAAAAGCAGAGAGCUACCUAAAAAAUGCUCUGGAACUAGCAGGAGAGGCAGAGCGGAGGCUGGAGCAGGAUAAGAAGCUGGAAGAAGAAAAGAAGGUGAACGUAGUGAUUCCUCCCUUGGAGCACGAGAAGGUGAAUGUGAUGGUUCCUCCCUUGGAGCAUGAGGUGACAGUGGAGAUUCCUUCCUUGGAGCAGGAGAGGCUGGAGGAGGAGAAGAAGGUGGAAGUGGUGCUUCCUCCCUUGAAGCACGAGACUGUGAAAGUGGCAAUUCCUCCCUUGGAGGAGAGAGAGGAGGAGAAGAAGGUGGAAGUGGUGCUUCCUCCCUUGAAGCACGAGACUGUGAAAGUGGCAAUUCCUCCCUUGGAGGAGAGAGAGGAGGAGGAGAAGAAGAUGGAAGUGGUGCUUCCUCCCUUGAAGAACGAGAUUGUCAAAGUGGAAAUUCCUCACUUGAAGGAGGAGAAGAAGGUGGAAGUGGUGCUUCCUUCCUUGAAGAACGAGAUUGUGAAAGUGGCAAUUCCUCCCUUGGAGGAGAGAGAGGAGGAGGAGGAGAAGAAGGUGGAAGUGGUGCUUCCUCCCUUGCCAUCAGGAACUGUGCCUGUAUCAGCGGUGACAAUCCAGUUGCCUCCAUCUCCACCCGAACCUCUAGCAAAAAAGGCAGAAAAUGCACAAGUGGAAAUGGGGAAGUUAAAAGCAUUUAUUAACUUGCUAUAUGGUUUUAGUCCCCAUCUAACUGCAUAUGCAGAGAAUUCACCCAAUAAAAAAGCUGCUGAGGAUAUUAUUGACAGAGCAAUGGCAGUCCUCGAUGCCAUAAAGAGCAUUUUCUGUGGAAAUCCUGAAGGACGAAGCAAACUAAUGUUGCAGCAGUUGUUGAAGGAAGACAUGGAGCUUGUAAGACAAGCCAUGAAGGAAAGAAGAGUCUCUUAAGAAGACACAUUUGUUUCUUGGUUCUGUAGAUACUUUUCAUCCAAGUUACGUAUGACUAGAGAUCCAAUUUGUUGUCUGUAACAGCCAUUUAAAUAUUUAUACACACACACACAUAUCAAUUUGUAGUCCUUUACAAAUGUGGAAU